UUUUCUAUAUUUCAGUGUGAAUUUUUCUUCGUACUCCAUCGACGUCGUAACGCGCAGCUGAUUGUCCACUACCAGAAAAAAGUAUCUGGGUGCAGUAGUAGAGAAAAAUUCUUAUUGGAAAAUUAUUGAUUAAAGUUUGUUUGCUAACAAACGGUUUCGUGAGAUUCACAAUCGGAGCGCAAUAAAUCGUAGAAAAGAUGUCUAUAUCUGCUAAGCAAGCUAACAGGGAACACGUCCUGGCCGUUUCCCGUGAUUUCAUCUCUCAGCCACGUUUGACCUACAAGACCGUGUCUGGUGUCAACGGUCCCUUGGUCAUUUUGGAUGAAGUUAAAUUCCCAAAAUUCGCCGAAAUCGUGCAAUUGCGUUUGGCUGAUGGCACAAUCCGUUCCGGACAAGUGCUCGAAGUGAGCGGCUCAAAGGCUGUCGUUCAGGUGUUCGAAGGUACGUCGGGUAUUGAUGCGAAGAACACUGUGUGCGAGUUCACUGGUGAUAUUCUGCGUACACCCGUGUCAGAGGAUAUGUUGGGUCGUGUGUUCAACGGCUCCGGCAAGCCCAUCGACAAAGGUCCCCCAAUUUUGGCUGAAGAUUUCUUGGAUAUCCAAGGUCAACCCAUCAACCCAUGGUCUCGUAUCUAUCCCGAGGAAAUGAUCCAGACAGGUAUUUCCGCUAUUGAUGUAAUGAACUCCAUUGCGCGUGGUCAAAAGAUUCCCAUCUUCUCUGCUGCCGGUUUGCCACAUAACGAAAUUGCUGCUCAAAUCUGUCGUCAAGCUGGUUUGGUUAAGGUCCCUGGCAAAUCUGUUUUGGAUGAUCAUGAAGAUAACUUUGCCAUUGUAUUCGCUGCUAUGGGUGUAAACAUGGAAACUGCACGUUUCUUCAAACAAGAUUUCGAAGAAAACGGCUCUAUGGAGAACGUGUGUUUGUUCUUGAAUUUGGCCAACGAUCCAACCAUCGAACGUAUCAUUACACCACGUCUCGCCUUGACCGCAGCCGAAUUCUUGGCAUAUCAAUGCGAGAAGCACGUAUUGGUCAUCCUUACCGAUAUGUCCUCAUAUGCCGAAGCUUUGCGUGAGGUAUCAGCUGCACGUGAAGAAGUGCCCGGUCGUCGUGGUUUCCCCGGUUACAUGUACACUGAUUUGGCUACCAUCUAUGAGCGUGCUGGUCGUGUUGAGGGACGUAAUGGUUCCAUCACACAAAUUCCCAUUCUAACUAUGCCUAACGAUGAUAUUACCCAUCCAAUUCCUGAUUUGACUGGUUACAUUACAGAGGGUCAAAUAUACGUCGAUCGUCAAUUGCAUAACAGACAAAUCUAUCCACCAGUUAACGUAUUACCAUCAUUGUCACGUUUGAUGAAAUCUGCUAUUGGUGAGGGCAUGACACGUAAGGAUCACUCUGAUGUCUCCAACCAGCUGUACGCCUGUUACGCCAUCGGUAAGGACGUGCAAGCCAUGAAGGCUGUCGUGGGUGAAGAGGCUCUGACGCCCGAUGAUUUGCUGUACUUGGAGUUCUUGACUAAAUUCGAAAAGAACUUCAUCUCUCAGGGUAACUACGAAAACCGUACCGUCUUCGAGUCAUUGGACAUCGGCUGGCAAUUGUUGCGUAUCUUCCCCAAGGAGAUGUUGAAACGUAUCCCAGCUUCUAUUCUGGCUGAAUUCUAUCCCAGAGACUCGCGCCAUUAAAUUUGUUAACAAAACAUAUUGCUUUGCUUUUUGUUUUAUUGGUUUUACAUUUAAGCUGCAGUUUAUUUAAAGCGAUGCGCCAUCAACCUACAUACAUUCAACAUUUAUAGUUAAUAUAUAUAUAUAUAGAGAGAGAGAGAAAGCGCGUUGCAAAAUCGGUUAGUUCUUUCAAAUAUACAUACAAUUAAUGUCAGUUCAUCCAAACGAAAAUAAAGCAAGAAUUAAGUUUAAUUGUAAAAUGGGAACGAAAUAUACAAAUGUGUUAUACACAAUGCAAUAUGCUUUAAAUUGCAACUGAAAAUGCAACUGCAAGUGAAACUAAUAAACACCUGCAUAUAUUAAACGAGCGAAAAGAAGAAAAAAAUAGUUAGCAAAAUAUAAAACAAAAAGAAUUGAAAUAGCAAUGAGACGCGCUUGAAGGAUUCAUUCACACGUCCGCUAUGUGUGGCGUUACAAUAUUUUAUUAUAACUAAUUAAAUUAUACUAUAAAUGUGUUAGAGAAAUUUUAUGCACGUUAUUAAAGUAUUUGAAUUUGAAACAAAAAAAAACAAAAAGAAAAAACAAAAUAAAAUUCAGAAAACAAACGUCAUUGUAAAGCAUAAAGGGGAAAAACAAACUAAAUAACACACGUACACAGUAAUUAAUAAUGUAAAUAACUAAAUGUUUAGAAAACAAAUUAAAAACAACGCAACAAAAUCGUUUUUCUUUCGUGCUUCAUAUACGUUUUGUGUAAGAAUUUUGUAAAUUACAAUACAUACAUAUAUGUUUAUCAGAUGUUUGCGUCGAGUAUAUAAUUUUUAUUGUUUAAUUUUAUUGAAGAAACUUUUAAUUGAAAUUAAAGCCAACACAACAAUAUUCUAAAUAUCUAAUGCAAUGACCCACACUCACACUCCACACACACAACCAACAACACCACCAACACGACUAACAGUCGCAGUUUCUAAAUUAUAUAAUAUUUGUUUGUUUGUUUGUACGUUUUUGUCGCGCUUUUUGUUAGUUUUUAAGUUUGAAACCCCAGCUUGAAGAAUCAAGUUGCAAAAAUAGCAUGCACUCACACUUACACACAUACACAUAUAGCAUUCCAACUUAAAGUUAAUUUUAAUUAACAAUUAAAAAAAAAAUAAUAAUUGUUUUAUUCAUGCAUGUUUGUUGCUACAAGUAUUAACCGAAUCUGUCCCCGAAACCCUGUCUCACACGCACACGAACACCACAAGCACUUGGCGCAGUUUUCUUGACAAAUGCGUACAUCCGAGUUGCACCCACUCAGCCAGCUCAGUCGAUCUGUAAAUCGAUUUAAUAAACCCUGUAAGUGAGCCGUUGUACUUUUAAUUAAAUUUGUUUUCUUCGUUUUUUUUUCUCAUUCAUAUUUUACAUACAUAUUUGAAGCUUUCUAUACACACAAAAUAUACACUACAUCUACUUUUGUGUAAAAGUAAAAAAAAAAAAAAUUUUAUCACAAGUAAAAAAUACUUAAUAAUUAUAUUUGUUGUAACAUUUAAAGGUAAAAUUGCAGGAGCAAAAAUUUGUAGAAAAAAAACAACAACUAUUAAUUACAUAAAUUUAAAGAAAAAUAAAAGAUUUAUGUAUGUAUAAAAGAAAAAAUUAAAAAUUACGAAAAACUAUGUACUAUAUAUCAACUACAAGAAUAAAGUGAGAGACAAAAAUGUA